CUUAUUCAGUUCACAUUAAAUUGGCAGUGUACAAAUGUUUUGUUGUGGGCUAAAGAUUGCCCCCAUGGGUUACAGUAAGGUUACUUUAUAAUAACAUUUUCAAAUGGAAAUGAAGGAAUUCGGUCCAGCAUGGUAUGUGCUCUUUACACAAAUAACUAUGUGUAAUAUCUGGCAACGAUUCAUUCAAUAAAGCAAAGAUCAAAAGUUUGAUAAGGAAAUAACAUGCCCCACGUGACUGUCGUUUGUUAUCCAUUAAACAGACGUCACGCUAUCUUUUGAUUAUGAUCCAAGUCUAAGAUUGACUUAAUGAUACAUUGUUAAGAGACUUUCGUGCAAAGGUUGUUAGGCGAUCCUUUGGAGUGUCGAGGGUCGAUAGACUCUGACUCUGACCGUCGUCGUCGUGUUUCUCAUUGUAGUGCUGGUGGUGAGUGUCCUCAUCAUGGGAUGCUGCUUCAUGAAGCGGAACAAGAAGAAAUCAGAGAAACGGAACGAUACUCUAUGCAUCAGCCUUCCAUUGGAGAGGACUCAGAACGCCUACAUGUACGCUCAAGCCACAUCAAGUACCAGGCCUGUACAAGCGAAUCGUCCGGAAGAUCCCGGGUAUGACAAACUGUGUAGAGUAAAGGGCAACCUACUGAAAGUCCCCGAGACAGAACGGGAUACAGCAAAGAUAUACAGCCAUCUGGCCAGUCAGGAAGCAGACUGGGACUGUGCUGACGAAAGCCAUUAUGACACGACGUUGCGUAAGCAUGGCGGAAAACCAGUGGAUAAGGAAUACGACAAAGUGUUUAUGCAGGGAAAAUAAACAUGCACGUCGGUUGUUGAGCUUAUUGUGUGAAGUCAAUACCAAUGUCCUCCUCAGCAGCAGGAUUGCUGACAAACUCUAUCCACUUACUAACUUCUCCAAAGGGGACUGAUUAAGAUGCCUUUUGCUUGUCUUGGUGUGGUUUUGCCAUGUAAACCGUGUGUGUCAGUGUGAGUGAUUAAGUGGUGUGAGUAGCCACUUCGUUCCGCUGGUUUCAGAAGUAAAGGAGUCCGGAAUAAGCAGGUUUCGUUGUACAUGUCGGUGACACCUAUCGGCUGUCCCUAUCCAUCUAGCCAUGACAGUUUCGUUGUUCAAUCCUUCCUUAAAUUUCCGUUGUUUGGAACACACACACACACACACACACACACACACACACACACACACACACACACACACACACACACACACACACAUAACCACAACCACAACCACACACACAUGUACAGUUUAUUAUAUAGUUUAAUAUUAUGUAAUCUAAUUGUUCCAUUCGCAGUAAAAUAGAUUAAAUUUUCA